GCACGGACCCGGCGUGCGCCUGCCGCCAGACCCCAGCAGUGGGGUCGCGCCCGCGCUUCUACUGUCGCUGCCUUUCUGCGGCAGUUUCGGACUUGCCUUCGGAGAGACUUGGGAACUUUCACAGCAAGCCUGCGGAGGCGCUGGGCCACUCGCUGGGCGCCCGCGGGGAAGUGGCGCGGUGAGCGUCCUCCGGCUCCUGUGCGGGGAGAUCCGUGCCGCGUCCUGGACCCGCCAGCCGGCUGCGGCCCUAGUCAAGUCUUCCCAAACUACAAUAACUUUUUGGAACUGCAGAAAUUAUUGGCGAUAGUUACAAAUGGGAAUUUGGAGUUGGUCUGACAUUCAUCCUGAAAUAAUUGUGUUUGACUGGAACCAUAUAUGAAGUCACCAAGGAUGAGAGUCUGUGCUAAGUCUGUGUUGGUGUCGCACUGGCUCUUUCUGGCCUAUGUGUUAAUGGUGUGCUGUAAGCUGAUGUCCGCCUCGAGCCAGCACCUCCGGGGACACGCAGGUCACCACCAAAUCAAACAAGGGACCUGUGAGGUGGUCGCUGUGCACAGGUGCUGUAAUAAGAACCGCAUAGAAGAGCGAUCGCAAACCGUCAAGUGUUCCUGCUUCCCAGGACAGGUGGCAGGCACAACUCGGGCUCAGCCAUCUUGCGUUGAAGCUUCCAUCGUGAUUCAGAAAUGGUGGUGUCACAUGAACCCUUGCUUGGAAGGAGAGGAUUGUAAAGUGCUGCCAGAUCACUCAGGGUGGUCCUGUAGCAGUGGCCAUAAAGUCAAAACUACAAAGGUAACACGGUAGCAAAGAGAGGUGUGCUUACCAUGGGAGGAGCGACAGGCUGCAGACGUCUCCUGCUGGAAUUCCCUUCCUGGCUGAUUUGUGGAAGAUCAUCUUGGACUUCAGCUACAUCACGUUUGUAUAUGUGGGCUGUGAGGAGUGUCACGCACUUAACCUCCCCAGCCCGCUCAGCUUCAUGGUUCUAUUACAUUGAAUUAUAGCCAUAGGCUGCCACAUGAUUCCUAUCCUAUCUGGAUCCCAAGGACCGCACCUCCAAGAAACCCCAGAGGAACCAAGCAGAGACUUCAGAAUGGAUCUCUACUGCUCUUCUGUUUCUUUCCGCCUUCACAAAGGAGCGUGGACAGAUUCAAAGGGUUCUUAUUCUGUUCCUCUUUUCAACUUUUCCUUUAGCCCUCGCAUUUAAGUGGUUUCUAAAGGGUGUAAGUACCAAAAUGCUUUGGCAAAACAUAUUUGCAGAUGUAGAUUGAUGAACUCUGAGUAACUGGCAAAGAAAUUUAUUUUAUAAAUCUUAACGAAUAGACUUGCUGGGGUUAUUGUGUGUGCAUUUGUAUUUCUGCUUUAGAGGAUUUAAAUGUGUGCAUUUUAAGUUCUGUUGUCAGGUUAGCAGAAAUAACAUUUUAACAUCAGUGCACCAUUUUACUGAGUGCUAAGGAACUAUAUCAGCUCCACUAUUUUAUAACCAAAGCUUGAUCAUGACAUAUUCACAAAAGAAAGAAAACCUGUGGGGAUUUUUAUGGCUUAACAUGUAGUCGUAGAGAUAAAUUAUUUAAAAUCUAAAACAGUCUCCGUUUAGAUCAAGGGUGAUUUCUGAGAUCCAGUUUGUGUCAAUUAAAAUAUUUUGUUAACCCUUAGAAGUUUUGAAAUACUGAAUUUUUAGACUGUAAAUGAUUUCUUCUUCACUUAGCACUUUUCUCAUUUGUUAGGCAUUUUGUUUCUUAAAUGUAAGUGAAAUCGGAGUCAUUUUCUCUCGGUUUAAUGAUUUCACAGCAGACGUGUGUCUGCAUAUUCUCAGACCCUGUUGUGCAGAAAAGUGACUGGCCCAGAUUUUAAAUGCAUAAUUCAUUAAAACAUACUACUGUAAUAAGUGAUAGAUUUUAUAAAGAAAUGCCAAAAACAUCCUUUCUGCACUAUUAAAUAUCCCUGUUCUUUCACAAUUAUUGGGGAAAAUAUUGCUCUAACAUUUUUAGGAAUAACAAUAUAUCUAUUUUAGUCUUGCAAAAAGAAUGGAAAUGGGUGACAUCCAUUUGGUGGCUAACUUUGUUUGAAUUUGGAUGCUUACCAGAAUUAUUACUGUCAUAUGACUAAGUAAAAAAUUCACUCUGCUGAUGGCACAUAAGUUUUUGUGAUUUUAGUGCCUUAAAUGCAAAUGUGAAAAAUCACUUAAAAAUUACAUUUAGUUUUGGGCGUGUAAACUGUAUGGCAAACUUGAGACCUACACUUAAUCAAAUUCCCCUACAUUUUAAAAGGUCUUUAAUUCUACAUGUGUAAGGCCCUACAUGAUGCUUUAUGCAUACUCUGCUGCCUUUAAGUACAGACGCUCCAUGAUAAGGAGAGAGAGCUUAAAAAGUCAAUUUCACAGUACAUGAAAGAAUGCGUGAGUCUUUUGCCCACACAUCUGAUAUUGGAAACCAAAUAAAAUCAAGUAAAAAUGA